AUGGUCAAGCUUCACGAGGUCGAGGACGAGCACUUCAGCACUGAGAAGCCCCAGCCAAGCAAGAACGAUGCUCUGCUGGUCUCCGAUGACGAGGAUGAGGACUACAGUGACACCGAUUCGGAAAUCUCCGAGACCGAGGAGGAUGCCGAGCUCGAUGAGGAGUCCUUCUACGAGCGUCUCUCCGCCCUGAAAGACAUGAUCCCGCCAUCCGCGCGCCGCACCGUCAACAACUCCGUCUCUUCGCUCACAUCCUUCACCAAGGCCAGUCUGUCCUUCAGCGGCAAGGCUCUUUGGAUUAUCAGCACCAGCGCCUUCCUGAUCGGUGUCCCCUGGGCUCUGGCCUACGCCGAGGAGGAGCAGUACAUCCAGAUGGAGCGCGAGCAGGGCAUGAUUAAGGGUGCCAACGAGAUGCUCACCCCCGGCGCCGAGCCCGAGAAGAAGGAGGCCCAACCCACUCUGUAA